AUGGUCAAUUUUACAAUAGAUCAAAUUCGUUCAAUUAUGGAUCGUCGUGAAAAUAUCAGAAAUAUGUCUGUUAUUGCUCAUGUUGAUCAUGGUAAAACUACUCUUACUGAUUCAUUAAUUCAAAGAGCUGGUAUUAUUGCAGAUAAGGUAUCUGGUAAUGCAGGAUAUAUGUCAUGUCGUCCAGAUGAACAAUUACGUGGUAUUACCAUAAAGUCAUCAUCUGUUUCACUUCACUUUGAAAUGCCAAAAGAUGAGAAAUUACCAACUGGUUGUAGCUCACACGAAUUCUUGAUCAAUCUUAUUGAUUCACCAGGUCAUGUUGAUUUUAGUUCUGAAGUAACAGCAGCACUUCGUGUUACCGAUGGUGCAUUGGUAGUUAUCGAUUGUGUUGAGGGUGUUUGUGUACAAACUGAAACUGUUUUACGUCAAGCAAUGGCUGAACGUAUUAAACCAGUUUUAUUUGUAAACAAGGUUGAUCGUUUUCUUUUGGAACUCCAAUUAAACAGUGAAGAUGCCUAUUUAUCAUUUACAAGAGCCAUUGAAUCUGUAAAUGUAGUAAUUGGAUCAUUUGGUUGUACUGGUGAAAACAAUGAAUUUGGUAAUGGUAUGAUGGGUGAUAUUAACCUCUCACCAGAGAAAGGUACAAUUGCAUUUGGUUCUGGCCUACAUGGUUGGGGUUUUACAAUUGGUAAAUUCGCAAAACUUUACGCUUCAAAAUUUGGUGUUUCUGAAGAGAAAUUAAUGUCACGUUUAUGGGGUGAUAAUUACUUUGAUCAAGAAUCAAAGAAAUGGAAAACUUCAAAUGUACCUUCAUCUGAUGAUGGUAGUGGUGAAGCAAAACCAUUACAAAGAGCAUUUUGUCAAUUUAUUUUGGAUCCAAUUUAUAAAUUGACUCGUGCAGUAAUCGAUGAAGAUCAAGAUAGAAUCGAUUCAAUGUUGAAAGUACUCAACAUUUCUCUCUCACCUGAAGAUGCUGAAUUGAAGGGUAAGAAUUUGAUCAAAUCAAUCAUGAGAAAGUUCUUACCAGCUUCAGAUGCCAUUCUUUCAAUGGUUGUCUCUCAUUUACCAUCACCAUUGGAAGCACAGAAAUAUCGUGUUAGUCAUCUUUAUGAAGGUCCAAUGGAUGAUAAAUGUGCAUUGGCUAUUGCUAAUUGUGAUCCAAAUGGUCCAUUGAUGAUGUAUGUAUCUAAAAUGAUUCCAACCUCGGAUAAAGGUCGUUUCUAUGCAUUUGGUCGUGUUUUCUCUGGUACCAUCCGUACUGGUCAAAAGGUUCGUAUCAUGGGACCAGAUUAUGUACCAGGCAAAAAGGAUGAUCUAUACCUUAAAUCAAUUCAACGUACCGUACUUAUGAUGGGUAGAAAGAUUGAACUUCUCGAUGAUUGUCCAUGUGGUAAUAUCAUUGGUUUGGUUGGUGUAGACCAGUUCUUGGUUAAAUCUGGUACGAUUUCUACGGAAGAAACGGCUCAUAAUAUAAGAGUUAUGAAAUUCUCGGUUUCUCCCGUAGUCCGGGUGGCUGUACAACCAAAGAAUCCAUCUGAACUACCAAAACUUAUUGAAGGUCUUAAAAUUUUAGCAAAAGCUGAUCCAUGUGUUUUAUGUAUCACCGAAACAUCUGGUGAACAUAUUGUUGCUGGUGCAGGUGAACUUCACUUGGAAAUUUGUCUUAAAGACCUUGAAGAAGAUCAUGCAGGCAUUGAAAUUAUUACCUCUGAUCCAGUGGUAUCAUUUUGUGAAUCUGUUUCAGAGGAAUCAAAAAUCAUGUGUCUUGCAAAAUCACCAAAUAAACACAAUCGUAUCUACAUGAAAUCUGAACCAUUAUCGUCAGACCUAACUGAUGAUAUUGAUAAUGGUUUGGUGGCUUUUAAUCAAGAUGUUAAAAGUCGUGCCAAUUAUCUCUAUGAUAAACAUUCUUGGGAUAAGAAUGAUGCAGUUAACAUUUGGUCAUUUGGUCCAGAAUAUAAGGGUCCAAAUGUUUUAGUUAACAAAACCAAAGGUGUUCAAUAUCUUCAUGAAAUUAAAGACUCUAUGGUUUCAGCAUUCCAAUGGAUCUCAAAUGAAGGUGUAUUAUGUGGUGAGAAAAUGAGAUCGAUUCGUUUCAACGUUUAUGAUGUAAUGCUUCAUGCCGAUGCAAUUCAUAGAGGUAGUGGUCAAUUUAUUCCAACAACUCGUCGUGUAAUGUAUGCCUCCCAACUAUCAGCUCAACCAACACUUUUGGAACCAAUGUAUUUGGUUGAUAUUAGUACUCCUGAAAGUGGUAUUAGUGGUAUCUACUCUGUACUCAAUCGUAGAAGAGGUGUUGUCAUUGGUGAAGAACGUCGUAUUGGUACUCCAUUAUUCAAUAUCAAAGCUUAUCUUCCUGUAAUGGAAUCAUUUGGUCUCACUGCUGAUUUACGUUCAAGUACUGCUGGUCAAGCUUUCCCUCAAUGUGUUUUUGAUCAUUGGAGUUCAAUUGGUAUCGUUGGUCAAGAUAAAAGAUCAACUGAAGUAGCUUCAUCAAUUAGAAAGAGAAAAGGUUUAAAUCCAAAAUUACCAACUCUUGAAGAAUAUAAUGAAAAACUUUAA